CUGCAUAGACUUGAACAAACAUUAAAAACUUGUAAAGAUAAUGAGAGCGUUCUUUCAAAUAAAUUGGAUGAAUUGAUACAACAAAAGAGCGCAGCAGAAGAAAAGCUGCAUAGACAUGAACAACGAUUAAAAACGUGUACAGAUAAUGAGAGAGUAUUUGCAAAGGAAAUGGAUGAAUUGAUACAACAAAAGAGCGCAGCAGAAGAGAAGCUGCACAAACUUGAACAACGAUUAAAAACUUGUAAAGAUAAUGAGAUAGUACUUGCAAAGGAAUUGGAUGAAUUGAUACAAGAAAAGAGUGCCGUUGAAGAGAAGCUACAUACACUUGAAAAACCAAUCGCCACACUGAAAGCAAAGCUGGAAAAGGCCAGAACAGAACAGAAACAGCUGCAACAGAUAUCCAACAGCAAACAUCAGGAACUGGAAGAGCUACGACGAGAACUCGAGGAGAGAUCGCGAGAACAGGCAAAGGUGAAAGCUGAGAAGGAGCAACUUCAUGCCAAGGUUAAAGAGGUCAAGAACAAGGAGAAGAAUAUUUGGUUGUUGUUGGACAAGACAAUCAAACAUAUGAGGGACAAGGAGAUCGUCAUUAGCAGGCUCGAGGCCGAAAUUGGAAAGCUUGAAGCUGAUAAGACACAACUAGAAAGAUACAACGAACAAAUCAAGAAACUGGAAGCUUUACUAGAGAAAGCCCCAAAAGCCGAAGAGCUGGCAAGGCUAUCGACGUCAUUGAAGAAAGCCGAAUACGAUCGUAUGCAGCAUGAGCUGAUGUUAACCAAUCAGGGGACACAGAUUAAAGUAUUGCUAGAGAAACAAUGGCAGAUGAGCCAAGAGCUAGAAGCCUCACAGCGAGUUUUGCAAGAGCGUGACUCUUCUAUCGCCACACUGACAGUCAAUUUGAAAAAGGCCGGAACAGAAAAGGAGCAGCUGCAACAGAUAUUCAACAGCAAACAUCAGGAACUGGAAGAGCUCCGAAUAAAACUCGAGGAGAGAUCGCAAGAACUGGCAACGGUGAAUGCUGAGGAGGCUGACACAGUGGACUACGGUUCUGCUUUUAAUGGACAUGAUGUUUUGUUUUAAUUUCUUGUA